GCCGGAGCCGUUCAAAAUUGGCCAUGCGCCCUAAAAUCUUGCCUAUUCGCCGCAAUAUAACAAGACCACACAACAAGAAAACUUAAUUAAAUUUGCACAUUUUUAUUACAAAACGUUUAAAACAAAACAAUUUUUGUGAAUAAACCCGUUUAAAUAUGUCGGAGCCCAGCACCAAAGACAGUGUGAAAACCGCCAUGACUUAUAUUUGCGGAGAAUGCCAUCACGAAAAUGAGAUGAGAGCACGUGAUCCCAUACGUUGCCGUGAAUGUGGCUACCGCAUCAUGUACAAGAAGCGCACCAAGCGUCUUGUGGUCUUUGAUGCACGUUAAAUAGCAAAUCCAGUCUAAAUGGCUUGGAGGACACAUAGUUUGUAGAAAAACACCUAUUAUUAAAUACACUUAUGAUGAACUA